AUGGCUUGCGUUAGUUCAUCAUCACAACAAAAAAUUCAACACACAAGUCUUCGUCAUCGUGCUACUAAACAUCAACAAACGAUGAUGAGCAGAUCAAAAUUUCUGAUUGGCUUGUUGUUGGUGGCAACUUGUGUCAUCCUUGCCCUGCUACCAGCAGAAGCCCGUCGAGUAAGAGCCAACUCUGUCUUACAGAGAUGUCAAUCCAUUGGUGAUCCACACUAUGUUUCAUUCACAGGAAAGAAAUAUGACUUUUAUGGCGUCGGUGACUAUGUGUUGGCAGAAACUGUUGACAAGUCAUUCGUUGUGCAUGCAAGAACAGGAAAAUGGAAUAGAGUAUCCGUCAAUACUGCCUUUGCUGUUAAAAUCAAUCAAAAAGAUUCCUUUGAAUAUGAUACCAAAACCAAUUCCUUCUAUUUGAACGGAAAGCAAACCAAAGUGAAUGUGGGUCAAACCAUUGCAUUGAGUGGAUCUGUUGCCACCGUCAAACGAGUAUCUUCCAACUCAUUAAUCAUCUCUUCAAAGAAUGGAGCUCACUUGACUGCUACAUGGCACAGGAGUCCAUCAUUCAGAAGUGCCUAUGGUUCCUUUGGACACAUCUCAUUGAUUCUCGAUGCUCCAAGAACUUUGAACUUCUCUUCGGGUUUGUGUGUUUCUCGUUCCUACCUUUCUCGAUCUGCAACAGGUAUUCUGCACAAUCAUAAGGAAAGAAGAAUUGAGAGAAGAGUCCAACCAAAGAAGCCAACCAAGAAACAACUCAAGAGAGCUCGUCGAGUGUGUAGAAAGGUUGGUUUGAACAAACACAAGAAUCCAAAUGCUUUCCAUGCUUGUGUGGUUGAUCAAAUUCAAGCUGGUAAGAGACUUGGUAAAGACUUUGCCAAGACCAUUGUCAAGGUUAAAAAGUUAGAGAAGAAGAAGAGCAACAAGUGGAAGAAACAAGCCAAGAAGAUCAUUAAGAAGGUUAAAAAGGCAAGACGUGCUGCUCGAAAGGCCAUCCUUAAGAAGGUAAAGAAGACCAAGAAACUUGCAAAGAAGGCAAAGAAGGCUGUUCGUAAACUUUUGAAGAAACUUCAUAAGGCUCUGAGAAGAAAGAAACUCAAAUCCAGAAGUGCUCGUCGUGCCAGACGUAGACUCAUCAAGCGUUUGAAGAAGGCUCUGAGAAGAAAGCAAAGAAUUGCAAGACGUCGUGCAAGAGCUGCUCGUCGUGCCAAGAGAAGAGCUGCUCUCAAGAAGGCCCGUAGAAAUAGAAGACGUGCAUUGAGAAGACGUGCUGUUCUUAAGAAGCUUGCCAAGUUGAAGAGAAGAAAGGCUUUGAAGAGAAGAGCUGCUGCCAAGAGAAGAAGAAUUCCACUCAUCAAGAGACUUCUUCGAAAGAAGAAGCUUUCCAACAAAUUGAGAAAGGCUUUGAAGAGAAGAGCUGCUGCCAUCAAGAAGUCUCUACGUAGAAGAAUUGCAAGACGUCGUGCUGCAUUGAGAAGACAACGUGGUAAGGCUUCCAAGAGAAGAGUUGCUCGCCGUGCUUCUGCUGCCAAGAGAAGAGUUGCUGCCAUCAAGAAGGCUCUUAGAAGACGUGCUGCAUUGAAGAGAGCUGCUCGUCGUGCCCUUAUUAAGAGACAAAGAAAGCUCAAGCGCCGUGCAUUGAAGAGAGCAAGACGCAUCAUACGUGCUGCAUUGAAGAGAGCUCGUCGUGCUUGUAAGAGGGCUAAGAGACGUGCUUUGAAGAGAUCAAGAAAAUUGACAAGAAAGGGUAAACAUGCAAAGCGUGUCGCAAGACGGGCCAUCAAACGUGUCAGAAAACUCCUUGCCAAACUGAGAAUUUCUAAAUCCAAGCGUGCUGCUAGACGUGUAAGACGUGCUUUGAGAAGAGCAAGACGUGUGGCAAGAAAGCUCGUAAGACGCUCUCGUCGUGUCUGUAAGAAGGUGAAACGUGCUUUGAAGAAAAACAAACGUGCUAAACGAGUAUGCAAGAAGCUCAAGAGACGUGCUUUGAGAAGAGCAAGAAAGGCCAAGCGUGCCAUCUUGAAGAAACUUAGAAAGAGAGCCUCUCGCAGAUACAACAAACUCAUUAAGAGAAUUUCCGCAACUGUGAUCAAGAGAAAGACUUCUCGAAAGAUUAGAAAAUUGUUGAAAAAGGUCUUGAGAAAACAAAGAAAGUUGGGUAAGAGAUAUUGUCCAAAGAAACACUUACCUCGUAAGCUUAAGAAGGUCUUGAAGGCUUUGAAGAUCAAGAUUCACAAGUGCGGAAAAGGAAAGGUAAGAAGAGUCCGUAGAAGACACAGAGGUGGUAGAAAGGCAAGAAGAGCCGGCAGAAGAGUCUCAGUGAUUGGUAGAAAGCUCGCAAGAGCUCUUUUACGUGUUUCUAAAUGUAAGAAGAAUUAA